CGUUCUGUGAAGAGUUAAAAAAACAAAAUUGCUGUAAUAUACAAUGAUUAUAAAAUAAAAUACUUCUUAAUUGCAUUUUUCGAUUUUAACCGUUGGGACUCGGGGCUUUUUCUUCUGGGCGUUUCCAUGGUGACAUCACUAGGCCGCUGUAGGAGCUAACUGACACGUAAUAUUUAUCUCUCUCAAAAUACAUAACAGAAGAGCAGCAGGAGGAAAGAGACCCAACCGAUAGCUUUGAGUUCACAGGAGGUGAGAAAGGAGACACUGUCUGAUCAAAAAAAUCUCUUCAGAUCUCAAACCCCCGCUUCCAUCAUGAACGUGUUCGACCGCAACAUCAACUUCGACGCUCUCCUCAAGUUCUCCCAAAUAUCUCAUUCCACCCAGGUGCACUUGAAGAAUGUGUACUCAAGCCUGGCAGUUUGUAUGUUUGUGGCUGCAGCUGGCUCCUACGUCCAUGUCGUCACACGCCUCUUUCAGGGCGGCGUGCUGUCUGUGCUCGGCUCUCUGGGAAUGAUGUUCUGGCUCGCCAUGACGCCACACAACUCCGAGACAGAGAAGAAGAGACUGGCUAUCCUCGCGGGAUUCGCCUUCCUCACAGGCGUCGGCCUUGGCCCCACACUGGACUUUGUCAUCGCUAUCAAUCCCAGCAUCAUCGUGACAGCUUUCAUGGGAACCUCCGUGAUUUUCAUCUGCUUCACUCUCAGCGCUCUCUACGCCAAACGCAGGAGCUACCUGUUCCUGGGAGGCACACUGAUGUCCGGCCUCUCCCUCCUCUUCCUCAUGUCUGUGAUGAACAUGUUCUUCGGAUCUGUGAUGCUGUUUAAGGCGCACAUGUAUCUCGGGCUGCUCAUCAUGUGCGGCUUCGUCCUGUUUGACACUCAGCUCAUCAUUGAGAAAGCAGAGAACGGAGACAAGGACUACGUCUGGCACUGCGUGGACUUGUUCCUCGACUUUAUCACCAUCUUCAGAAAACUGAUGGUCAUCCUCGCCAUGAACGAUAAGGACAAGAAGAAAGAGAAGAAGUAGAGAAAGUUUGAGUAGCUGGAAAAAAUAAAAAAAACAAUCUGUCAGAGAAGGCACAAUUUGCAACGCA